AUGGAUAGCAUGAAUAGCUAUGGGGAGGAAGGGUACGGGGGCGGCGGGCGUGGGUACGGCGGCGGGCGCGGGCGCGGCUACGGCGGGCGUGGCGGCUUCCGCGGCACGCCUGAGAACGCCAAGACCAAGAUAUGCCGCCGCUGGCAGGACGGGCACUGCGCAUUCGGAGAGCGAUGCAACUUCGCGCACGGGGAGCACGAGCUACGGUCCCUCCCGCAGCAGGAGUCAGGAGGAGGCGGACGGGGAGGCCGCGGCGGGUACGGCGGGCGAGGCCGCGGGUACGGCGGAGGCUACGGCAACACCGGCGGUUACAACAACUGGGGAGGCCAGGGGUACGAGCAGGCCGGCUUCGGGGUCGGGGGCCGCGGCGGGCCGCCGCAGGGAUACGGAGGCGGCGGACAGUACCAGCAGCAACCGCCCACGGCGAAUCAGCCGGCGUACGGGCCCAAUGGGUGGGUGAUGUACAUCGACGCGGAGUCCGGGGACCCGUACUUCCACCAUCCAGACAUCCCGACGACGCAGUGGGAGCAGCCAGCGGAGUGGCCGAACCCCCCGAUCCCUGCGCCCCAGCAGGCGCAGCAGUGA